UCGCUCGCGCGCGUAGGCGGUGCGUGCGUCCGUACGUCGAUCCGCGUCGAGCCGUCGUCCGAGUCUCCGAAUGAGUUUUCGUCGCUCCGACGCGUUUCGCGUUAUGUUUUGCGUCCUUCGCUACGCGCCGUGACAGCAAGGUCGUGAACGUAACUCGACGAGAGAGAGAGAGAGAGAGAGGGAAAACACCGAUCGCCGGUAGUUGUGUACGCCCUUCCGCAUUUUCCGUCUCUCGUCUCGCGCGGCGGUUUCGGCACGUCCCACAAACGGAAGUGAGCUCGGCCGAGAGUGUGUCCGUGUGUGCCGCAGGAUUACGUCCCGGAGGACUCGUAUAUAUGUGUGUACAUGUGCACUGACCUUGCGUAGGUGAUGAUCCGCGCGCGCGUAUCGGAAUCUCGCGGGAACGCUCCUCCUCGUCGACGACGAGGCGCCUCGUGUCCAUGACGACAAUCAACAAGUGCGACGGGUAACAGUUGCGGCCACGUGACGCGUCGCAAGAUACACAGCCGCUGCACGGCUCCGAGUGCCUUCUCUUCCGAAGUUCUCACGUAUCGAGAGAGUGCCUUACGCGGAUCAGAGGAACAUCGAAGAUGUGAGGAUUCACGUGGCACGCGCGACAGUGUAAAAGAUUCGAUCGUGACCGAACUGAAGCGCGGCCGACCUCGGCACGAGGCUGAACUCUGCUGCGCGUUGUGCGAAGCGCUGCAACUUCAGGCCUGUCAGUGCGAACCGGACUGCACCGACGACACAGCAAUCGCAUCGACGACAGUGCUCGCGACACGUACGCGAGGAAAAUGACGAGUUGAAGCCGAGGGAACGUGACGUAUCGCUCGCACGAAAUCGCCAUCGCGUUCCUUUCGUCGACUUGAAAGAAAAUUUCGCGGAAGUGAAAGCCGUUCGGCGUUUCGCGGAAAAGUAAAGCGCCGGAAACGCAACCCGGCUGCUCCUCCUCGAACGCAGCGGCGUGACCGCGGUGAUAUAAUCGCGCGGUGUGUCGGUCGUGAAAGAGACGCCGCGGUGGCCGGUCGUUUCUCGUGUCCGCCGUGUCGCGCCGACGUUUGUACAAGCAAAGUUUAACUACGCCGCCGUCGAGCACGUGGAUGCACGCCGCCGCUCCGUCGCCGGUGCACUUCUGAUCGCCUCGGAUCCGCCUCGGAUCCUCGGAUGUACGAGAAAAUGUGUGUAAGAUCGUCGAGGUGACCCUGAGAGCAUGGAGACUAUGCAGGAAGGUGGUGGUCGUCUGCAAAAUGGUUCGACCGUCGCGAAGAUGCCGAAUCGGUUGAAGCUCGUGCAAAGUGACGAAAAUGACAAGCUGACAAAUGAAAAGACAGCGGAGAUGGACCCGUACAGGGAACUGGAGCUCUAUCUCGCCAAGGUUAAGGAGGAAAUCGGCGAGAUAAUCGAGUCAGCUCCAACGACUCCGCUCCGCAUCGUGGAAGAGACAAAGCGUCCGCCUCAGCCCGAAAAAUUGUGCUGCGCGGACGAUUCGUUCACCACGAAAUACCUGCCGGCUACGAAAACGCACGGCUUCGCGAGGAGACAAAACUCGUUGACGAGAGGCGACGAGGAUAUCGGCGAGUGGUCGAACAACAUCCUCGCAGAGUUCAACAGCAUAAUCGCCAACGAGAUCAACGAGCUUACCAAAGAGAAAACGAGAAGAGAGGCCGCGCGCAACGACGACGACAACGACGUCAGGCUGAUACAAUACAAAGAGCUGCUGAAUGAAUUCGGAAUAUCUGACAGCGAGUGCUCCGAUCGAGAAUUCAAUGGCGAAAACGGUGCACUUCGGGACGAGAAGAGCGUUCGGAAUCGCAGGAAUGGAAAAUUAUUCGUCGACGACGAUCGCCGCUAUCUGCUGAACUCCGAUUACGACGAGCCUCACGAUCGGUUGAUCCCCGAGGGAAGGAAGAGCGGCAGCCUGCCGGAGAAUCUGCAGGACAUCAUCGGCAAACGUGGUCGGUUUCAUAUCGCGGAGACACUGAGCUCCGAUUACGACGAGCCCAGCAACUGUCUGCCGAUAAACUCGAUCAAGAGCCAGAUCGAUCGGAUCACCUCUAGUCUACCGUCGAAGUUGGAGCGCGAGUGCGUUUCGAAAGGCGCACGGUCGAACCCUUGCCAUGUACCAAAGACACCUACCGUAGGAUUAAGCUCCAAGACCAAUGACCUAAGCGAAGAGGCGAACGCGAAACUACCGCCACGACAACGAUCCGAGAGAAAGACGAGUCUUCCCAUCAAUCUAACGAAUCAGAAACGCAGAAAGGCAGCCAUGCGGCUGCAAAGACUCCAACGAGGCGCGGACGAUCAGGAGACCAUGGAUCCCGACUACGAUGACGUAUUUCCGAACGAGAAAACAGGCAGGUCUAGAUCACUGGACAAUCACAUUCCGAGAUCGGCGCCUGUGACACCCACGGAGGAGAAAAAGCCACCGUUCCCGAAAUUGUUAAGAAAACGUCACACCCCAGUAUUCCACGAGAGCUCCGACGACGUUAUUCUAGUUAGCGUGUCUUCGCUGCCGGAUCAAGAUACGCUGCGCCUGAGAAACGACAGGCUUCACGAGACGAAGACUGGCAAGGCGAAAUCGAAAGAAACGUUGACGAGAAAAAAGAGGGCGAUAUCGCCGCUGACUUUACGCUCCGAUAUCACCGCGAAAAGGCUGUCGGAAUCUGACAGAGAUGUCAGACAGGUCAGCCCGGUGGACUUGAAGAAGUUCUCGUUGACGCGAACGUGGGGCAAUGAUAUUGCGGUGAAUUGCGACCUGUCUGAUGACGUCAAUGGAAAUUGCGGGAUUGAGAACGGAACCCUCGGCAAGCUGGAACACGCUGACGUAAAGAGGAUCAUGGAGGUGCAAAACACGAAAACGGGAUCCUUGCCUAUUUCCCUGCAGUCCCUGUUAUCGAGAAUUCGAAACGGCUCGGGUUCCUGUUGCCCAAACAGUCCGCCGAUGGAUACUCUCACCUGCUCCGAUAUAGCGACCCAAACUUCGCCAGCGAUUUCGAGGAGUUCUAGCUUCACCUGGGUCAGCGAUUGCGACUCUCCUCAAGCCGAGUCUCAUUUAGAUACGCAGUCACUGCAAGAUGAGAGCACUUUAGACCCAGUUUCUCCGCAAGACACCGUGGAUGACGACAAUAGAUCCUCGUCGUCAUCCCAGGAUCUCCUUCAAAGCAUGGACGAGAUUUCUUCCGGAAGUUUGUCGCCGGAUACCACUGACAGGGCAUCUCCGCUUGAAAGUGGGAUUGGAACAGCGAGUCCGCCUAGGAGCACGGAUCGCCGGUUGACUAAACCUUCAACACCAAAUAAAUGCCACCGCAAAGAGACAUGGGAGCGAAUCCGGCGACGGCCGUCGAAACUGAACUCACGAAACGACAAGAACUCGCAAGACGUGUGGGUCAAACGCGAGAGCGUGCACACGCAAACGAAACAAAUUGACGAUCAGUACUCGCAGGACGCGGUGGACAGCAGUAGCGGCCUCGAUGACUCGUUGCCGAGGAUCAGGACGCCCAGGCCUACGAAUUUACCGCUAUGCUUGUCCACCACUGCGAGCAGUUCCUUGAGCUCGGGCGAGCUACUCGAAACGCCGCCCCGGGCGCCGUCCUCUCCGUCCGCGGCGAGUUUGCAACUGAAGCCGGAACCUCUGGCUGUAGAAAUGGGCGGGAAGAGCAGCAGCGCGCCGUUGUUGGAGAACAAUAACGUCAAGAUUACCAACGGGAAGGUGCCGAGCUUGCAGCAGCAGCCACGCUCGCAGUCGGAACGGCAACUAUCAGAAAUCGAGGCGCAAGAGGCUUGCAAAUGGCUGAGAGCUGCCGGAUUCCCGCAAUACGCGCAAAUGUACGAAGACUAUCAGUUUCCGAUUGACGUUUCCGGCGUAGCCAAGGACCACCCUUUUCUCGAGGCCGACUCGCUGCAGAGCCUUUUCCGGCGUCUGCACGCUCUUAAUCGUUGCGCCAAUAUGAAACUCGACACGCAUCACACGCACCACAGCACGAGCCACGGCAAAAGCAGUGGCGGUGGUGACGAAUCCGACGAGGACACGCAGUGCGCCUUGAGCGAAAAGUGGACCUUCGAGAAGAAAACGAGACGCUGGUCCCGCAUAGGCGAUGUCACAGCGGCAAACGUCGAGAGGCUGCAGGCGAUCGCCGGACAGAAUGCCGCGUCCGAGGACGACUCCAUCGAAGAUCGUCUGGAGGCCGAAGAGGCGGAGGAUACCAUGCUGGAGAAUCUGCGGUACAGCAGCUUGCCACCGGGCACCCUUCCCGACGAGAACGGUACGCGAUUUCGUAGAUCCGGUUCAGAGAGGCUACGGGACGGCGCAAAGGCCUUCCUGAGGCGCGUGGAGUCCCUGAAGUCGCGGCGGCGGAAACGCCAGAAUCGCGACGGGGUGGUGAUCAGCGGACCCCAAGUGCUUGACGUCAUGUCCAUGCAGCAGAAGAUGAAGGAGCUGAACUGUGUGGAUGUGUCGCCCACGGGGCCGGCACCGGUCCCCUUCAAUGAACUCCUAUCGGCUUCACCUCUACAGAUUCCUGGCUCGCCGGUCACUCUACCAGCCUCUCCGUAUCACCUACCACCGUCGCCGCUGGCGAACGCGCCUAGUCCCUUCGGCGACGACUCCUCGAGUUACUGCUCGGACGGUUCGCAGGGCGGUGGACCGACGCCGACGCCGACGCGCCCGAAGAUGAAUCGCGCCCGCCGAUUUUUACAUCGCGGCAGGGAGGAUCAGGGUGCGUUGAGCGACUCUGAGUGCCAGCCGACUAACUGGCGGCACCGAUACUUCCGUGAUGCUAAUAGCAAUCACGCGAAGGUGUUAGAAUUCGUGACCGUGCGUUCUCAAAGUUCCAAGGAGCGUUCCCAAAGUUCUACGCCGUCUAAGAAUGCAGCGAUCAACACCCGCGGCGGCAGUCUGAACCUCGGCAAGGAAUCGCAGAGGUAUCGCGACAAGCUCGCACAAGACAAGGAGGAAAAGCCAGCGCCUUCGAAGCGGGAGGAUAAGAUGCGCAAGAGCCUCCGGCGCCGCGAGGAUAGGGACAAAGCUAAAGAGGUGACAGUUUACCGAGAAAAAUCUAGGUCCAGGAGUUCUGAAUUGGCCGGCAGUCAGGAAAGCGGAUCUACCGUGGCUAGCAGGGAUUCUGAACCUGAAGAGGAAUCGCCUAGGCACAAGGGCACCGUCGUUAGGUGGCACAGCUUCCAGAGAGGGUCACUCUAUCCCGAACCUUUGGACCCGUUGUGCCCUAGAGCGAUGGCUUCCAUGUCGUGCGGACAGCUUUUAGUCCUGAGGAAGCUGGCGUUGCUGAAACUCACAGCGUGCAUGGAACGGUAUUGCCCUACUCAUCGCACUGGCUGGAACUGGGAGCUUCCGAAAUUCAUCAGAAAAAUCAAGUCGCCUGAUUAUAAGGACAAGACGGUCUUCGGAGUGCCGCUCUUGCUGUCUCUACAGAGAACCGGUCAAGCUUUACCCAAGUGCAUUCAGAUCGCCCUGAGAUGGUUGAGAGCCAACGCUCUGGAUCAGGUGGGCAUCUUUAGAAAGAGCGGCGUCAAAUCGAGGAUACAGAAGCUGAAAAUCAUGACGGAGACCCAAGGGGACAAUAUCAAUUUUGACGGGCAGCAAGCGUUCGACGUCGCCGAUCUUGUCAAACAGUAUUUCAGGGAGCUGCCGGAGGCACUGUUAACGAACAAGCUUUCUGAGACGUUCAUCGCCAUUUUCCAACAUGUGCCAGUAGAGUUGCGACCCGAUGCCGUGCAGUGCGUCCUGUUGCUGCUCCCGGACGAACAUCGCGAGGCACUAGAGACUCUGCUCGACUUCCUCAACCAUGUCGCCAGCAAUUCGCCCUACAACCAAAUGACAGCCUCGAAUCUGGCUGUGUGCCUGGCUCCGAGCCUGUUCCAUUUCAACCACAGCAACACAAACGUGACUAACAGGUCGAGCAGCGUGUCGCCACGUAGGCGAAAGACCGUGGGCAUUCCCGAUCAGCGGGAACUGUCGGAAAACAAAGCCGCUCACGACUGUCUUCUAUAUCUGGUCAAGAUGCAUCGUGAAUUAUUCAUGGUCUCGUCGGACAUGCUGACGCAGUGUCAUUUUAAUUACAUGGAAGAGAGCAUUCCGGUCGCGCUGGAGGAACUCGGCUCGGAAUUGAAGCAGGAUUGGAGGGGCUACUUGUAUGCCUGCACCACGGCAUUGCUGAAGGAAGCGCGAGAAAACAGAAGUCGCGGUUGGGUCACGGUAAACAAUCCUGCUGAUAACAGCGUGGAAAUGGCGUACAAAAAAGUCGGCGACGGGCAUCCGCUUCGCCUCUGGCGAGUGUCGACCGAAGUCGAAGCUCCGCCAAACGAACUGUUACAUCGCGUGCUAAGAGAAAGACACGUCUGGGAUCCGCAACUUUUAAAGUACAGACUGGUGACCAAGUUGGACACCAAUGUGGAGGUCUUCCAAUACGCCACUGGGAACAUGAGUCCGCUGCCUGCCCGAGAUUAUUGCGUAUUAAGAUCUUGGCGGAAUGAUCUUCCCAAAGGUGCUUGCGUCAUUGUAGAAACAUCCGUGCAACAUCCAGACGCUCCUGUCAUGCUCGGGGGAACUCGUGGCAUCGUUUUGGCCUCACGUUAUCUUAUCGAACCAUGUGGCAGCGGCAAAUCCCGCAUUAUGCAUUUAUCCAGAGUCGAUACGAAGGGUCGCACACCUGAAUGGUACAAUAAGAGCUACGGACAUAUCGCUGCCCUUCAUCUGAGUAAAAUUCGUAAUUCCUUUAAACAUACCACCGAUGGACCUGAAAGUAAAGUUUGAGAACAGAGUACCGUGCAACAGCAAUCGUUGUUGCACGGUUCUGCCUUUCCUUCCUCCUCUUUAUCCUCUUCCCCCUCUUCCUCUUCCGCUUCCACCACCUGCACACUGCAAGUACCCGACGAGCAGUAUGACCACAGGCUCCUAAUGGACGUAUUACAAGUCCAGCCUACUAUCGACGAGGAAUAAUCUCCAUCGAUCAUCAACGCGAUCAUUAACCGAAACCCACCGAUGUCGUAGUUAGCUUCGUUCAGCAACUGUUUUUGGACUCGAGAUAAGCAAUCUAUUUUAUCGUAUAGUAGUAUAGUAGUAGAAUUCCCCGUAUGACGUUUACUGUCCAAAGAUCUUGCCGUCCGUUUAUCGUGAAAGUUAUAAAAGUGUGUGAUACGAAGAAUGAGAAUGAACAAUCUUGCUCAGCGAUUUUAAUAAUGAAGAUGUCCGAGGCAUGUCAACAAAAAGGACGACCCGUUAUUUUUCCAGUUCUGAUGUUCAAGAAUUUAUGGAUUCUAUCGAAUCCCGAUCGCAGUUAGAUGCGAUUCUUAAAAUCGCGUUUUACUGCGGUUUUUUAAUUUCUUGACAUUUUAAUGUUAAAAAAUAGAAAAACGGUCAAUAAACGUUUCCAGUUGCGAGAUAAAAGAUGAACGUCAUUCGGUGUUUUCGACGACUAUGUAUAUGUGUUGAUAUGAGAAUAGCGACUCCAUGGAUUUAUUUUGUAGCAAGUUCAUAUUUUCGAUAAAAAUAGAAAGUCAAAAGGAUGUGAGAAGACAACUAAAAAAAAAAAUGAAAUUACGAUAUUUACGAAAUAACAAAUUAUAUUUUCUCAUAAUAUCUUAAUCGAAAAAAUUUCUGAUUGAUAUAAAAAAUCGUUUUAACUUUUACAAAUUAUAAUAUAGAUUACAAUACAGCUGAUAUUUUUUUAAAAAUUUAUUUUUUAUCAGCUAAAAAUUCGUUGUUAGACUUCAUAUCAAAUAUUUUUCUAUGGCAGAGAUAACAUCUUGAGAUGAACAAAUGAAUCCGUGGGACCGAAUUUUGUUUUUAAUAAAAUGCCGCUAUACAGAAUCAUUCAAACUUCUAGAAUGCACCAAUAAGUUACAGCGACAGCUGUAAACGAAACCGUAUGCAUCUAACAAUAUAAGUUAACGGCGUUCGUACGUAACCAUUUAACGGCGAUGACCUUAUAAUGAUGUUGAUCGAUUAAUGUUUCCGUCAGGCUCCUAAAAAUGGGACGAAGCCUAGAUAGGGUGCUGUUUGAGAAUAUAAAUUUCACAUGCAUUUCGUAUAUUUUUUUUCGGACCAAAUGCCAAUUUUUCUAUCACGUAGCAUAUCAUGUUAACGUAGUCGAAGUUGAGGAAUUUCUUCCUCUCUCAUAAGUGUUGCCACACGUAGACGAGUAUGUAAAUGUCGCGUACGCGUGUACACGUGUGUCUAUUUAUAAAUGUGCUCUUAUAAGCACGUGUUUGUUACAUGUAAAAGAGAGAACUACGUCAUUUCAGUGUCGGAGUCGCACUGCUGCGCCGUUGAAGCUGUUGUGUGAAAAAAUAUAUAAUGUGGAUAUAGUUACGCAAAAAUAACUUGUUACAGCCCCAGCUUUUCGAGAAAAUUCUGUCGAUUAUUUCUAUUUUCUUACAGCAUCGAAUGUGAUUUUAUUUCAUUUUUUUUUUUUUUAUACUUACAAUUUCGAUAAAGUUGUCGAACUUUCCUUAUUUUUGUGACGCUAAAAAACUUCCGCAUGUAGCGAUUUAUGUAAAUAAAGCAUUGCAGCUCUGCUCGUUAUUAUAGAUUUACCACCGAGAUCACGAUCGCCAAUCGCGGCAGUUCGAGCAAUACGAAAGGAUUUUGAAUAAAGCGUAAGUUUCCAAAUCUCGUUGUUCCAUCAUGCGAGUGGCGGACGACUCCACUCGACGUAAGCAAUUGUCAUUGUUACUAGUGUCUAUGUUAAGAGUUAAAAUAAAAAAAAAAAGUUAUCCGUUUUCGUCGUGUCUGUUCCGGCAUUGACACGAAUUGACCAUUUGCAUUCGCGAGAUUAGGACACGCGUUUAAAAUGUUUAAUCGUUCGACAUGUCCGUAUGCAACAAUUAUUAUAGGGACCAUCUCGUGGGCGUAACAAAUAAUUGGAUGAAGGGUGAUAAAAGAUAAAAAUGAUAGAAACAUAAGAAGAGAACUGAGGGCUGAAACUGGGUAGACUGAAAUUUUCAGCAUGCGUAUUGUUCAGUGGCAAAGUGUAAAGAUCGUAGCAAAACUUUAUUCGAUAUAAGACAGAUUGAAGCCAAUCAUUUGUUACGUUCAUGGAUCAUCAUUGUUUGGACCCCAAACAGGAAAAUGACCUGCGUAAGAUGCACCUCAUCGAAUUGAAACUCUAAGUGUAUUUUAACGUAAUACUAGUCACUUACAUUAUAGCCGAGAUUUAUGAAUUAUGACAGAUAGAUUUUUAUUGUGCAACGUUGCGCCGAGAAAUAUUUAAAUAUUAUUAAUUGCUACUAUAUAUAUAUAUAUUAUAUAUCGACGUUAAGCAAUCAUACAAAUACAUCAUAUUUUUGUGUCAAAAAAAAAAACGCCAGUAGAAGCGCGACGACCGAAAUGAAGAGAUGCGUCGUCGGCGUUUCUUCAUAUUUGUAACGAUAUAUGAACGUCUUUAUUCUUGUAAUCCGUGUUCCACUAGAAUAUGUAAAUAUGUAUAUUAUAUAAUAAUAAGCAACACACAA